CUGAAAGCCAUUUUCUUGCAUUCUAUCGGUUAUCUUGCUUAUUUUCUCGACGAGGUUGGCGCUCCUUCACCUGCUUCCCGAUUCGUACUGCCUGGUCGCCGCGGUACAUGCUGAUUGACACCCAGAUCCUAUAUACGCAAAUUCUCAACCUGAACCAAAGAAGCGUUAAAGGGCUAAGCAACCUUGAUCUGUGGAGCGGGGUCGUGGAUCUCGACAGCAGACCUUUCAAGCAAACGAAGGGCGAAGGAUUGUCAUUUUAUGGAACACUGCAGACUGAUGGCGUAGCGGUGAGUGUUAUCAAGCAAAAUGUGCCAAGUCGCAAAGGAGGCCGGCAACGAAAGGCGAAGGUUCAGGAUGAAGAUGUACCGUACGUUGACUCGCUUGCUCCAAUUGAGCAAAAAUGCCUGGAGGGCCGCUGUGUGUUGGUCGACCCAGGACGAAGAGAUUUGCUUUUCUGCAUGCACGAGUACUCCGAAACAAGUACAGAAGGAUCAGAGAAACAUUACUCAGCCAAUUCCCAAAUGUCAAGACUGCUCAGGAAAAACUAUCACAGCAUCCCAUUUCAGUCAAUGACCUCGAGACGUAUUGCCACAAUCUACGGGAAACCGCAAGCGUAUCUCGGGUA